CAUGACUCUGGUUCAGGCUGUGGCUGAUUUGUUUCCACGAGGAAGACAGUUGCAUCUAUUCUCACUCAGUUAGCAUAAAAAGUGUCCAGGCAAGGCAAGUGUUGGGGAAAAGGUGUGUUGGCAUGUCACACAGUCUUGGUGAAACUUUGGGAUAAAGUGGAGGGACCAUUGCUUCUUGUUGAAGCACACAAUUUGCAUACAGAAGUGCCAGGUUCAGUCACUGGCAUCUUUUGGUAGGACUCAAAAAACUCCUGCCUGAAACCCAGGAGAGAAGCUGCCACCCAUGUUGGACAACACUCAGGAAUAUUUUAGUAGACAAGCCCAAUGAUCAGUCUUCGCGGUGGUCUUCUGAAAGCAACUACCCUCCACAGGAGCAGUGAUCGGAGGGGGCUGCCUGGUGCAGAGAAACAGUGACCUUUGCACUCUGAGUCGCUUCCAGUAUACCUUGGUUCUUGGGAAUCAAAGGGCUGUAAGCUUUCCUGCUCUUGGCUGCCUGCAAUGAAGUAGCACAGUUCCUAAGGAAGCACUGCUUCCGAUGUGUGGCACUUCGGCUACUGUAUCUCAUCUUAAAGCUUGAAAGACCUGCCAUAGUCCAGAGUAUCACAUUUGGCAAAUAUGAGAAGACCCAUGUCUGUAAUUUAAAGAAGUUUAAAGUUUUCGGUGGGAUGAAUGAAGAAAACAUGACGGAUUUGUUAUCUAGUGGCUUAAAGAAUGACUAUAACAAAGAAACAUUCACCUUGAAGCAUAAAAUUGAUGAACAGAUGUUCCCUUGCCGAUUUAUUAAGAUAGUUCCACUGCUGUCGUGGGGUCCCAGUUUCAAUUUUAGUAUCUGGUAUGUUGAACUCAGUGGCAUCGAUGAUCCAGACGUGGUCCAGCCCUGCCUCAAUUGGUAUAGCAAGUACCGUGAACAGGAAGCCAUUCGCCUUUGCCUGAAGCACUUUCGCCAGCACAACUACACCGAGGCUUUUGAAUCCUUGCAGAAGAAAACCAAGAUUGCACUGGAGCACCCCAUGCUGACAGACCUUCAUGACAAGCUGGUCCUGAAGGGAGAUUUCAACGCCUGUGAGGAGUUGAUAGAAAAAGCUGUGAACGAUGGGUUGUUCAAUCAGUACAUCAGCCAGCAGGAAUACAAACCCCGAUGGGGUCAGAUCAUCCCCAAAAGCAGCAAAGGUGAUGGUGAGGACAGCAGGCCUGGAAUGAGAGGUGGUCAUCAAAUGGUCAUCGACGUUCAGACAGAAACAGUGUAUUUGUUUGGCGGCUGGGAUGGGACUCAGGACCUCGCUGACUUCUGGGCAUACAGCGUGAAGGAAAACCAGUGGACGUGUAUAUCGAGAGAUACUGAAAAAGAGCAGAAUGGCCCCAGUGCCAGGUCGUGUCACAAGAUGUGCAUUGACAUCCAGCGACGACAGAUCUACACGCUGGGCCGUUACCUAGAUUCCUCUGUGAGGAACAGCAAGUCUCUGAAAAGUGACUUUUAUCGCUAUGACAUUGACACAAACACAUGGAUGCUGCUAAGUGAAGACACGGCUGCGGAUGGUGGCCCUAAGCUCGUCUUCGAUCAUCAGAUGUGCAUGGAUUCUGAGAAACACAUGAUCUACACCUUUGGAGGAAGGAUUCUGACAUGCAACGGAAGCGUGGACGACAGCCGAGCCAGUGAGCCGCAGUUCAGUGGUCUCUUUGCUUUUGACUGUCGGUGCCAGAUGUGGAAGCUCUUGCGGGAAGACUCCUGCAAUGCUGGCCCCGAGGACAUCCAGUCGAGGAUAGGGCACUGCAUGCUGUUCCACUCAAAAAACCGUUGCCUGUAUGUGUUUGGUGGACAGAGGUCGAAAACGUACUUGAAUGACUUCUUCAGCUACGAUGUAGACAGUGAUCAUGUGGAUAUCAUAUCGGACGGCACAAAGAAAGAUUCAGGGAUGGUUCCAAUGACUGGUUUCACCCAAAGAGCUACCAUUGAUCCAGAACUGAAUGAAAUCCAUGUGUUGUCUGGACUUAGUAAGGACAAAGAGAAACGGGAAGAGAAUGUUCGGAAUUCCUUCUGGAUUUACGACAUUGUACGGAAUAGCUGGUCUUGCGUCUACAAGAACGAUCAAGCGGCCAAAGAGAACCCGAGCAAGACGCUUCAGGAGGAGGAGCCCUGCCCACGCUUUGCACACCAGCUUGUGUAUGACGAGCUGCACAAGGUGCACUAUUUGUUUGGAGGGAAUCCAGGCAAAUCCUGUUCUCCCAAGAUGAGGUUGGAUGACUUCUGGUCCUUGAAGCUCUGCCGGCCUUCCAAGGAAUACCUGCUACGCCACUGCAAAUACCUAAUAAGGAAACACAGGUUUGAAGAAAAGGCCCAGCUGGACCCACUGACUGCUCUGAAAUACCUGCAGAAUGACUUGUCCGUCACUGUGGAUCACUCAGACCCCGAGGAGACCAAAGAGUUCCAGCUCCUUGCUUCAGCCCUCUUCAGGUCAGGCUCAGAUCUGGGCACUCUGGGGUUCUCGGAUGUUGAUCACAUCUACGCCCAGCGAACACAGCUCUUUGAUACCCUGGUGAACUUCUUUCCUGACAACAUGACACCUCCCAAAGGCAACCUGGUAGACCUCAUCACUCUGUGACCCAGGCGGCGAGGAAGGAGGGGGAAGAACACUUUUUGCUUUCAGUAUUUUUAACGUACGUGUGCGCGUGCGCAUGCAUGGAUUGACUGACGGGUGGUCUGCAGUAACAGAAGAGAGCAACCCAGCCUUGAAAGGGGCUUUAUGGAAAAUACCAAAUGGGAUUAGAAUAAUAAAAAGUCAUUGACGUACUUCUGCUGAAACAUA